UCGCUUGAAACUAGUAUUAAUAUACACGUAUACAAUGAUAAUAUCGAAGUGUAAAAUUACGAAGUUAAGAAUUUACGACCCCAGGACAUUCUAUUACACGGACAUAACUGCUAUCGUCCGCUAUUGAAAGCAGCUCAUUUGCAUCAGCGAUAUGUAUAAAUCAAUACAACAAGGCCAAUCUGUCCCAUCGGCGCAUGUAGAGGAUACCGUUAUGGUAUUUAUUACAUCUGUAUUGCAUUUUGCAUUUUAAACAAUGCAAUAUUGAACAGUCAGCCAGUUGGACGUGCCAGGUGCUGGCUUAGAACACACACUGACAGACUGCACGUAUCGACGUGUGUAUGCUGAUGUCGCAAAGCUGAUUUCAACAAAGAUUUAUUGCGCGGUACUGCGCGAGAUAUAGACCACGUGACGGGCAUUCGCCGUGUCUGCCAUCAUGGAGAACCACGACAUGCACAAACAUCACAUGCACAUGCAUGACAAGCACAACAUGACCACGCCAGAACCUGACCAUGACAUGCACGCGCACCACAAGGACAUGCCGGGGCACCACAUGGACCCACCCAGCGGCUACGACAUCGCCAGUGACAACCACCAUGACCAUCACGUGCAGAACCACAGCAUCCACGACCAGCAAGGGGACGACCACUUGUCGCAUGUGCAUCACCAUGACAACAGCGGCGGUCACCAUGACAACAGCGGCGGUCACCAUCAACAUGGUCAUCCGAUGACGUUCCACGCGCGGAAUGACGAUUUCAUCCUGUUCCGGGAGUGGCAGCUAUCCCCAGGGAAAGUGACUUUCUUUGUGUGUCUCACUCUGGUGGUCGUCGCCGUCCUUUAUCAGGUCAUCAAGCUGGUCAGAGCGAGGCUGGGGCGGAUGUGCCGGAACACAGACUGCAAACGGUACAUCUUGAGCAAACGUCACUUGAUACAGACGUUGCUGUAUUUAGCCCAGUUUGCGAUUGGGUACGUGUUGAUGUUGGUUGUUAUGACUUACAACGUCUGGAUCAUGGUAGCCACCAUCGUGGGAAUCGGACUGGGUUACUUCUUCUGCGGCUGGGCGGAGUACGAGGAGAUCGUACGGCUGCGCCCCAUCACUGUGAGGUCCAGUCAUAGAUCCGUCUCGCUCGACUGUAGUCGCAAGGGGGACCAAGAGUUAGUUCCCUUGAGCAAAGACACAACAGCCACUGAUAUAACCAUUCUGACAUCCAAUGUCGCCUGCGCAUGCGACGAUGACGGAGUAUUGUGAUGGUGACGAAGGUUUGUGAUGAUGUCACGUCAGAUUAUGUAUUAUUUUUGCGGCACCACACUCAUUAACGUUGCUGCCCACCCUCUUUUGGGAGGGGCAAACACAGGGUUGGAUGCAACCACAGACUUCUUUUUGGGGUAAUAAUUGUAGAAGUGCCAGCCUUUUGCAUGUGAUCAAACUCUUAGCCAUACUUGUGGUCAUUUGGCCAAGCACCUCAAUACUCGAAGUCAGCCAUCACGGAAGUCAUCGCGAUCCAAAGUCUAAUAUGCAUUUGUUAGCAUCGUGACUACUUCACUGGUAUGUGCACACGACGUCCUUCCAUGCAUCUGUCCAUUUGCUCAGAGGUCGCUAUUUUUGACGAACGAACCACGUUACGGCCUGGUUCUAAUCAGUUGAUCACCAGCGAGUUUUCUGUCCAAUGAGCGCUCAGAUCACGUCUCAAAAACGGCACAAUUUUUCGCGCCAUAUGUGCUACAGGAGUGUCCAAAACCCUAGAGAAUAAAAUAUAAAUUGAAUCCAACUGAAGUCAAGAAUGAUUUGGCAAGUCUAGUUUGCCUCAGCUCUACCAUUGAGCAUUGUUCUGGGCUCCAUUUGGAUUUUAUUCUUAUUUUGUUGAUAUAUAUUUUUAAAUAAGAUUUUUGAAUAUGUGUGUUUAGUUCUACAGCCUUUGGGCCAUCUACCCUCCACAUUGCUUCAAUGUAAGGCAACGACUGGGUUCCGUCUUAACGCAAACGAGCAGAGUUAAAAAGAAUUGUCAACUCGUUGCGUAAUGAUAUAUUUCCGCCAUGUCGUAUAUAUUCCAGAUGCUAUUUAAAACACAUCGGGACUUAAGGUAUUUAUACAGUAUGGUUGAACAAGUUUAACUGUAUCAAGGGUAUAUUUGAGACGCAAGACGUGUGUAAAAUCAAAGAUCAUUCCUGAGGAAUUCUUUGACCAAAGUACGGGAAGUCUGAUUGGUAUUUUCGCACAAAACAUUCAUCGAUAGGGGGACGAGUCUUCUUGCAGGUUACGGAAAGGGGCGAGUGAUGACGAAUGAACAUUCAUCGAUAGGGGUCGAGUCUUCUUGCAGGUUACGGAAAGGGGCGAGUGGUGACGAAUGAGCUUUAUGAUAGACGCGUCAUUACUACAGCGCGCGCAUUUCUGCCGUAUUCGCUGAUGAUGGUAGAACAUAGUCUAUGCAUACCCGUGAAGUAUUGAUGGCCUUCUGGAAAACCAGUUUAUUUGAAUGCUGUUUAAGUGUAGUAAAGUAUUCACGCGGCUCCAUACAACUCACAUAGAUCUGACAUGUUAAAGUGAGCGAGUAUGGCUUUACGCCGCUUUGAGAAAUAUUCCAGCAAUAUCACGACUAGGGACACCAGAAAUGGGCUUCACCCGUUGUACCCAUCUGACAUAUUAGAAAUAUCAUAAUAGAUCUGACACAGAAGUUGGCAGAAUCUCAUUUUGAUCUUUUCAUAAUGGUCAUGUUUUUGGGUGCUUGUCUCUGUGCAUUUGGCCGCAAUUUAUAUAUGCUUUGAAAUCGCUGCACCUUAUUUUUUCUCUAAAGGUUUAUUUUUAAGAGUGUAUGAUGAAUGGCCCAAAAUUACCAUCAAUGUUGGUUGGUUGGUUUUACGCCACGCUCAGCAAUAUUCAAGCUAUAUGACGGCGGUC